GAGAAUAUAUAUGAUAAAUUUGAUGUUUAUUUUUUAUGAAUCUUUACAAGAUCAAUGUUAAAUACAAGGCUAUGAAUUUACGUAGUAAAUUCUAUAUCUUAUUUGUCCAUAAUCGAAGAAAAAUGAUCAAAAAUCUGAGAUCCGAAUAGACAUCCGUUUCCAUAGUGGCUUUUAGAACUAGCCAUUACAGACCUUUUCGUUAGCAUAUUAACAUUCAGAUUGAAUUCAUAUAAUAACGUCCGUUGGAAAUAGUAGAACUCCAAAGAUGCUCAAGAUGGAAAACAACCGUCCACUGAAAAUUGUAGUGAAGGUGGACUAUUCUUUUUUGGCGAAUAAUGCUGGACUAGUAGAAAAUAUCAACUGGGGGAAUAUACCGGCUGUAUAAUUGCUGGAAUCCUUUUUUGUACCAACGAAAAGGAUUCCACCAAUUAUACCAGCCCACCUUGGAGAACAUCCUGAACAUCGAAAAGAUCAAAAGCACUACAAAGACACCCAGCAAGGUUCAGCUCUCUUCCAGGAAAAAAUUCCCAUCAUUGUCACGAAGCCUUCAAGUGAAGUACUCACACUGCUAGAAAAAGCCACAUUCGUCCACGGCCCACUAAUAUAAGGCAGCCAGACUUUACCAAAGAAUAUGAGAAGCAGAAGGCCUUCUGGGACGAGUUCAAGGCAUACAAGCUAUCAGAGGAGGCUAAGGCAUUGAGCGCUAAGAAUAAAGAGAACUCGGACAAGAACAGAAAUCCACAUCGUCUAGGCUCACGUGGCUACAUUCACCAGUUGCCUAAAUGGGACGCGCGACUUGCAGAAUUGGCAAAGGACGGUGUGACUCCCGUUACCAGCGAUUGGCAGCUCAGAGCGGUACAAUUCCUGCUGGCUAGAGGGGCAAAGUUCCAAGAUGAUGGUACACUUUCUGUACCAAAUACGGACGUGGCCAACUCAUGACCACGAUGUCCACAAUGACUGAAGAGGUGAGGCAGGGGGUCCGCAACUCUUGGAGGGAGCAGGACGUGAUCACCCAGGCACUCGGAAACGCCGAGCACCCCGGUCGCACACGAGGGCACGGGGUUUAUCAUUGGAAGAUAACAUUCCAGGAUGAAAUAUCCUCUUACCGGCGUAGACGGACUACACAUGCUUCACUGCAAGAAGAUUACGAAAAGCGGCUUAAGGAGUUCAAGGACAGGUUGGUAGCAAUAGAGGCCUUUCAAUCGUCACAAAUCUCUCCUCGUCCGGCAAGCAUGAGCCCGGGGGUAAGGCAAAGUGUUCGUAGUAGCUGUGGAUCAACUCCGCUUGAUGUGGAUGAGUCAAAUGCAAUUCAUGUGGUGGAUUUUAUCACUAGUUGCGUUCCAGUGAAGCUGUACAUUCAGCAGCAAUGGACCACUGACAAGGUUGCAAUCGGCCAGGCCUGGCCUCCAACUAGUGAUGUGUUGCACAACAACGUAGUUCCACCCAGAUAUGCUAAGGUCAGGCGGUCAGCAUUGACAGGAUACUGCAUAAGAGAUUCAUCAGAAUACACAUUGAGUGCCCAGUGGAGACCGACAGGCCGCGUCUAGACCAGAAUCUAAAUACCUUUGUUGCUUGGCGCAAAAAAUGGAUAAGGCUUGUUGACGAACCCUCUGAUGAUGAGGACGAAGAUGACCUACCUCAUAGCUCAUCUCAACCUAGAGAUGACUUGCCUCUUCCUCCUCCUCCUCCUCCUCAGUCUCCACGUUCCGCUUCACUAGAAGCUAGAGAGCAGCAGCCUCCUUCGCCGCAUCCUCCUCCACCUAAUAAGUCGUCUACUCCUCCACGUCCAGCUUCACCUGAAGCUAGAGAACAGCAGUCUCCCCCACCUCUCUCCUCACAAGAUGCUACAAAAGAGCAGACUCCUUGUUCUGCACCUCAGCAUAAGGAAACAGCCCAGCAAUGCACAUCCCAUUCAUCACGACCCCAGAAAAGGUCAUCAUCGAGUGGUGUAAGUAAUGCUCCCAAAGAGACUCAGAAAAAGGAGAUGAACGCGAGCAUUACAUCAUUGAUGAAGAAAAAGAAAAAAGAAGAUGAACCUCCAACCAAGGAGGCAAAACUUAGAUUUCUGAAAAGGAUAGCCGUAUUCGAGAAGCCUGGAGUUUCGGAUUUUGACAGGCAAAUUAAAAGCUUACAAAAUAAGGAAUUGGUUGAGCAAGAACGGGCUAUUAUGAUGGUAGAUACAUAAACUGAUGGAAGGUGCGACAUUGACAUUUGAGGAAGCUCAAGAGAUCUAUUUUGAUACUAUGGAAAAAGCCAAGCUCGCCUACAAAUUCAAACUAGGCCAACCAUUGAUUGAAAGCAAAGAGCUUCCACGUUUGCCCUUACACAUGCGUGAUCUACAUCAAUAUUACAAGCUCGACAGUAGUACAGCAGGGAACAGUGGGUUCGAAGUGGUCAUCAAGGCUGACUCGGUUUUCCAUCAUCUAGAUGAAAUGUUGCACCAUGUCGAGUAUGAAGACUUGUUUCAGCUCUACCAGAGGCGCGACAUGGGUACCCAACUUAUGAUGUUGUGGUCUCUAAGAACGGCGGAAUUGUGUAAGACUGCGAAAAUAAAGGAUUUUGCCUUCUUGGACCCCUGCUUAGUCAAUGAGCUCAACAUCACAGGCAAAGGAUACGCUGACGUAAACGAUCUGUUCAAGAGGGUGAAAUAUUUGAUCGCAGGGUUCCUUGAAAAAGGGCAGACUGAAAUACUCCUAACCUACAACUGCUCUUUCCAUUUUGUCUUCGUGACUAUCGACUUUGAUUUCACACGUAUCGAGGUGUGGGACUCAAAGCAGAGGUCACUUGAUUAUGUCAAUGACCUAGUCAAUUUACUUAAUCGUGUCAAGGCCGAACUUGACAAAGAGAAGAAGAGUCACACCCCAUUUGUCGUUGCGUCUAGUUCCAUGCAAUGCCUUGAUCAACCGGAGGGCAGCAAUGAAUGCGGCUUAUACGCGAUGUGGGCAAUGCUCCGUCACAUUGGCAUCAAGAUGGAAGAGGGAAAUCAGGAUCGCAAGACACAUGGCCAUAACAAGCUCACUGAACAAGAGAUCAGAGGAUUUCAAGAAGAGAUAGCAAACUUCAUCCUGGAACACGUGGUUAGCGUUGAAGGGAAAUACUCCAUUGCAUGAACCAAGAGAUAUGGCGGAGAUUACACUCAAGAACUGGUGUCUAGACUGAUCAGCGUAAACCCACGAAACAAGAUGUCCCGCAACCUCUUCAAAGACUAGUGAACUUUAAUUUCGAUUUGUAUUGGGCCAUGUGAACUUUAAUGUCGCUUUGUGUGUCAAACUACAUUUUGGAGAACAUUGCAACAUUUGUAAUAUAUCUUGAUGGAUUUGUGGUGUA